AUAAUGGUAUGCUAAAUCUCCAACUAAACAAGCCAUAGGAGCCAUGGGUUAAUAGACACACCAGGGAGCUGGAAGAACCUUGCGCCAGUGCCUAGCAUGACCCUCGAGGACAGAGCGGCCGAUAUUCAGGGUCUGGAUAAGGAAGGGCUUUUGCGGUUCCUGCGAAGGGCGCUGGAGUGGGCUCCGGAGAACAGGCCAACCGCCAGAGAGCUUCUGUUUGAUGAGUGGCUGAUGAAAGGGUUGAAACUUCGUAGUCAUGAGGGGUCAACUUCAUGAUGCUCAGAUUCGUAACUUGUAUGAAGACAUUAUGAAUGGGGGUUCUUUCGUUCAUGCUUCUUUAAAGUAUCUUUUAGUUCUCGAAGAGAUAUUCCGUUCGCUCACAGUCAUGGUCAAUGAUAAUACUUCCGAUCUGCCACAGUGGACGUUCAAUCCGUACGUG